AUGGCAGACUUUGCCUACCGCCCGACCGCUCCCAUGACCAACGAGCGGUGGCUUGCUUCACGAAGUGCCAAGUUUGAGACGGGGAGCACCCCGUCUCUUCCGCAAAGCGUGACAUACACACCAGGCGCUGCUGCAUCCACCCAUAACCUGCCGGCCAACUUUCCAGCGGGAGUUGUCUCCCAGCUCAGGCGAACCCCCGUCGAGCCUACGUUUUCUCCUAUCCCAGCAUGCAAUCCCCGGCUGGCGCAGGGGCCCUAUACCAGCCCGGCACCAGGGCCGGUUUCCUUCAAGAGUUCGUUUGGAUGGGACCAGCCGCCGAGCUACCCGGUGAACAACCCGGCGCCCUACCAGAGCAGAUACUCGCCCUCGGAUUCCAUGGAUGACCUGGCCUCCCCGAGCCUCUCGGAUUACUCUUUGGACAAUGCCAUGCUCGGUUCCGCGGCACCGGGCGGCGGCAAGACCAAUGGCCGAAUGAACGGGACCGUAGGCGGAAGCGGAAGCGGUGGCAGCGGUGGUAGUGGCGGCGGCGGCGGCGGCGGCGGCGGUGUCAGCAACGGUGGCGUCGGAACCAAGCCGCGGACGCUGAGGCGGCCGUCGAACCGGGACGAGUUCGACGGCCCGCACCAGUACCUCAAGCGCCCCCCGGCCGAGUACGUGGCGAUGCAGGAGCGGGAGCUGCCGCGGCUGCCGACGCACCUGCUGGUGCAGGAGCAGGAUAGUGUCCUGAACCAGGUCAACGACCGGCUGUCGCAGUGCGCGUACGACUUCGUGGCCAAGUACCAGUUCCCGAUCCCGCUGACGCAGGACAUGCGGCCCGUCGAGCGGCCCCAGGACCGCGAGUGGACCGAGUGGGUGUACCUGCUGAAGCGGCUGGCCACCAAGCGGCGCAUCCCCGCCCGCGUGCUGUACAACGGCCAGAUCAAGCAGUUUGUGACCAUCCUGGAGAACUCGCUCGAGAUGCGCCACGCCGCCAAGCACCAGAGCCGCCCGCUCAAGGAUGACCGGAAUAUCUUGCAGCUGAUCUCGGCGGGGAUACAGGUGGCCAAGAUUGUCAAGGAUGCACCAGCUAUGGACUAUCUUGACAGAUUAUACGUUUCCACGGAACAGCGGAUCCAGGAGCGAGUCGCGGCAGCCGCCGCGGCUUCUGGCACCAUGAGGUUCCGUUAA